AUGGCUGCACUUCUACUUCCAAAUCUUCACCAUCACUACUCAAGCUCACUUAUCCUAAACCCUUACGAUCCAAUCACUCAAUUUCUAAAACCUCAAAAGACCCAUAUUUUGAAAAACCCACAUUAUCACCUAAAACCACCACCUAAAGCUUCCGUUAGUGAAGAUAACACCACCAAUGGAGCUAUUGAAUCCCCAAAACCCUCUCGCCGCGGCCGCAAAAAGAAGCUCACUUCUUCUUCAACUUCAACCCCAACUGCAACAAAAAGAAGUAAAAACUCGAAGAAAAGCAAAGCUGAAAGUGGUGCAACAGCAGCAACGGACUUAGAUUUUGAUGUUGACAUCGAAAACUAUGAUGAUGGCAUUGAUUUCCCGUAUGAAUAUCCCCCCUUAGUAUGCUGUUUUGGCGCUGUGCAAAAAGAGUUCGUGCCCACUGUCAGGGUGCAUGAUAAUCAGAUGCACCCUGAUAUUUAUUCUCAGUGGAAGAUGCUACAGUGGGACCCUCCUGAGUUUGUGAGGGCCCCAGGUGGGCCCCCAUCCAACGUGGCGAUUUCUCAUGUGAGGCUUGGUGGUAGAGCUGCCUUCAUGGGGAAAGUUGGGGCUGAUGAUUUUGGAGAGGAGUUGGUUUUGAUGAUGAAUAAAGAGAGAGUGCAAACUAGGGCUGUUCAUUUUGAUCAGAAUGUUAAAACGGCUUGUAGUUUUAUGAAAAUAAAGUUUGAUGAUGAUGGUAGUAAAAUGAAGAUGGAGAUGGUGAAAGAGGCUGCCGAGGACUCACUUCUUGCAUCCGAGUUAAAUCUUCCAGUGCUUAAAGAGGCUAGGAUGUUCCACUUCAAUUCAGAAGUUCUAACGUCUCCUUCGAUGCAACCAACCCUUUUUAAAGCAAUUAAAUUAUCUAAGAAGUCUGGAGGGCUUAUAUUUUUUGAUCCAAAUUUGCCAUUGCCGAUGUGGAGGUCACGGGAUGAGACUUGGGAAGUUAUCAAGAAAGCUUGGAAUGAAGCGGAUAUUAUUGAGGUUUCGAGGAGAGAGCUAGAAUUUUUAUUAGAUGAAGAUUAUUAUGAGAAAAAAAGAAAUUACAAGCCACAAUACUAUGCUGAAAGUUAUGAGCAAACCAAGAAGUGGCGAGAUUACUAUCAUUAUACUCCUGAGGAAAUCUCACCCUUGUGGCAUGAUGGACUUAAGCUUUUGGCUGUGACUGAUGGAACGCUUAGGAUUCAUUAUUAUACGCCUUCUUUUGAUGGUGCUGUGGUUGGAACAGAAGAUGUGCUCAUAACACCAUUCACAUGUGAUAGGACUGGAUCUGGCGAUGCUGUUGUGGCUGCUAUGAUGAGAAAGCUUACUACUUGCCCUGAGAUGUUUGAAGAUCAAGAUGUUUUGGAGAGGCAGCUUCGCUUUGCAGUUGCAGCAGGAAUUAUAUCGCAAUGGACAAUUGGUGCAGUUAGAGGUUUUCCUACUGAAAGCGCAACACAAAAUUUGAAAGAACAGGUUUAUGUGCCUUCAAUGUGGUAGGUUGGAAUUAAACAUUCAAAACAUCCAAGGUGUGAGUUUCUCGGGCAAGACGUAUUACAUGAGCUUAUAGGACUUAUGUUCCUCCUAAUGAGAUCUGGAUUAUUACCAGAAGAAGAUAUCAUGAAAGUUUGUGCUGAUGGACUUCACUCCAGGUUCAUUGCACAUUUGAGGUGCUAAAAUUGGCAGGUAUUUGAUACUGUGCAAAGUACGGGAGAAUGAAUUGUGCAUUUUUAUCUUGUGAUUGAAGCACAGGUAUUUUUGUUGUUGUGAAAAAUCUGAAAAUUAUCAAAUUACAUUCUUUUGGAAACUAAAUCCAUUAAUCAUAUUCAUCAACCUUGAAAA